UUGGAGGUGCUGGCCACGACUGCAUGCCUGUGCCCGCCAGGUGAUCCCUCCGCCGGUAACCCAGGGGCUCUGCGACCCAAGGAGUCUGCAUGUCUAAGUGGUAGACAUGCUCAGCUUUGUGGAUACGCGGACUUUGUUGCUGCUUGCAGUAACUUCGUGCCUAGCAACAUGCCAAUAUAUUUAUAAAGAUUUCAUUUGUAUUUUUUUGUAGGGUCCAACUGGAGAUAGGGGACCUCGUGGAGAAAGGGGCCCACCAGGCCCACCAGGCAAAGAUGGUGCUGAUGGUCUUCCAGGCCUUGCUGGUCCACCUGGUCCACCUGGUCCACCUGGUCUACCUGGACCCCCUCUUCUUGGAGAGAACUUUGCUGCUCAGUUUGAUGGAAAAGGAGUUGGACUAGGCCCUGGACCAAUGGGUUUAAUGGGACCCAGAGGCCCUCCUGGUGUAGCUGGACCCCCUGGAGCUGCUGGUUUCCAUGGCCCUCCAGGUGAACCUGGAGAACCUGGUCAAAGUGGGCCUGCUGGUCCUCGUGGUCCCACUGGUCCUCCUGGCAAAGCUGGUGAAGAUGGUCGCCCUGGAAAGCCCGGAAGGCCUGGUGAGAGAGGAGUUGUUGGACCACAGGGUGCUCGUGGUUUCCCUGGAACUCCUGGACUUCCUGGCUUCAAGGGUAUUCGUGGACACAAUGGUCUGGAUGGAUUAAAGGGACAACCUGGUACCCCAGGUGUGAAGGGUGAGCCUGGUGCCCCCGGUGAAAAUGGAACCCCAGGUCAAGCUGGAGCUCGUGGGCUUCCUGGUGAGAGAGGACGUGUUGGUGGCCCUGGCCCAGCUGGUGCCCGUGGAAGUGAUGGAAGUGUGGGACCUGUGGGUCCUGCUGGUCCCCUUGGAUCUGCUGGCCCUCCAGGCUUCCCUGGUGCCCCUGGCCCCAAGGGUGAACUUGGACCUGUUGGUAACCCUGGUCCUGCUGGUCCUGCUGGUGCACGUGGUGAAAUGGGUCUUCCAGGUGUUUCUGGCCCUGUUGGACCUGCUGGUAACCCUGGAGCCAAUGGCCUUACUGGUGCUAAGGGAGCUGCUGGCCUGCCUGGUGUUGCUGGGGCUCCUGGUCUCCCCGGGCCCCGUGGUAUUCCUGGCCCUGUUGGUGCUGCUGGUGCUAGUGGUCCUAGAGGACUUGUUGGUGAGCCUGGUCCAGCUGGUUCCAAAGGAGAAGGUGGUAACAAGGGUGAACCUGGCUCUGCAGGGCCUCAAGGUCCUCCUGGUCCCAGUGGUGAAGAAGGAAAGAGAGGCCAAAAUGGUGAACCUGGAUCUGCUGGUCCUGCAGGACCACCUGGCCUGAGAGGAAGUCCUGGUUCUCGUGGUCUUCCUGGAGCAGAUGGUAGAGCUGGUGUCAUGGGCCCUCCUGGUAAUCGUGGUGCGAGUGGCCCAGCUGGUAUCCGAGGUCCCAGUGGAGAUUCUGGUCGCCCUGGAGAGCCUGGCCUGGUGGGACCCAGGGGUUUUCCUGGUUCCCCUGGAAAUGUUGGCCCAGCUGGUAAAGAAGGUCCUAUGGGCCUUCCAGGUAUUGAAGGCAGGCCUGGAGCUAUUGGCCCAGCUGGACCAAGAGGAGAGCCUGGUAACAUUGGAUUCCCUGGACCCAAAGGCCCCAAUGGUGAACCUGGCAAAAGUGGUGAGAGAGGUCAUCCUGGUCUUGCUGGUAAUCGGGGUGCUCCAGGUCCUGAUGGAAACAAUGGUGCUCAGGGACCUCCUGGACCACAAGGUGUCCAAGGUGGAAAAGGUGAACAGGGCCCCGCUGGACCUCCAGGCUUCCAGGGUCUUCCAGGUCCUUCAGGAGGAACUGGUGAAGUUGGAAAACCAGGAGAAAGGGGUCUCCCUGGUGAAUUUGGACUCCCUGGUCCUGCUGGCCCAAGAGGGGAGCGAGGUCUCCCAGGUCAAAGUGGUGCUGCUGGUCCUGCUGGUCCUCUUGGAAGCCGAGGUCCUUCUGGACCCCCAGGGCCUGAUGGAAACAAGGGUGAACCUGGUGUGCUUGGUGCUCCUGGCACUGCUGGUCCAUCUGGAGGUAGUGGACUUCCAGGAGAGAGGGGUGCUGCUGGAAUACCUGGAGGCAAGGGAGAUAAGGGUGAACCUGGUCUCAGGGGUGAAAUCGGUAGCCCAGGCAGAGAUGGUGCUCGGGGUAUUCCUGGUGCUGUAGGUGCCCCAGGUCCUUCUGGAGCUUCUGGUGACCGGGGCGAAGCUGGUCCCGCUGGUCCUGCUGGUCCUGCUGGUCCUCGUGGCAGUCCUGGUGAACGUGGUGAAGUUGGUCCUGCUGGCCCCAAUGGAUUUGCUGGACCUGCUGGUGCUGCUGGUCAACCUGGUGCUAAAGGAGAGAGAGGAACCAAAGGGCCCAAGGGUGAAAAUGGUGUUGUCGGUCCUACAGGCCCUGUUGGAGCAGCUGGCCCAUCUGGUCCAAAUGGUCCCCCUGGUCCUGUUGGAGGUCGUGGUGAUGGUGGACCCCCUGGUAUGACUGGCUUCCCUGGUGCUGCUGGAAGGACUGGUCCCCCUGGGCCUUCUGGUAUUACUGGGCCCCCUGGCCCUCCUGGUGCUGCUGGUAAAGAAGGCCUCCGUGGUCCUCGUGGUGACCAGGGUCCAGUUGGUCGAACUGGAGAAACAGGUGCAUCUGGCCUCCCAGGCUUUGCUGGUGAGAAGGGUCCAUCUGGAGAACCUGGUACUACUGGACCUCCUGGCACACCAGGACCUCAGGGUAUUCUUGGUUCCCCUGGUAUUUUGGGUCUCCCAGGCACCAGAGGUGAACGUGGUCUACCAGGUAUUGCAGGAUCUCUGGGUGAACCUGGACCUCUUGGCAUUUCUGGCCCUCCUGGGGCCCGUGGUCCCCCUGGUGCUGUGGGAAAUCCUGGUGUCAAUGGUGCUCCUGGUGAAGCUGGGCGUGAUGGCAAUCCUGGGAGUGAUGGUCCCCCAGGCCGUGAUGGUCAAGCUGGACAUAAGGGAGAGCGUGGAUAUCCUGGCAAUGCUGGUCCUGUUGGUGCUGUGGGGGCACCUGGUCCUCAUGGCUCUGUGGGCCCCACUGGCAAACAUGGAAAUCGUGGUGAACCUGGUCCUGCUGGAGCAGUUGGUCCUGUUGGUGCCUUUGGUCCAAGAGGCCCUAGUGGACCACAAGGAAUUCGAGGUGACAAGGGAGAGCCUGGUGAUAAAGGAGCAAGAGGUCUUCCUGGCCUAAAGGGACACAAUGGAUUGCAAGGUCUUCCUGGGCUUGCUGGUCACCAUGGUGAUCAAGGUGCACCUGGCUCCGUGGGUCCUGCUGGUCCUAGGGGCCCUGCUGGUCCUUCUGGCCCUGUUGGCAAAGAUGGUCGCACUGGACAACCUGGCACAGUUGGACCUGCUGGCAUUCGUGGUUCCCAGGGUAACCAAGGUCCUGCUGGCCCUCCUGGUCCUCCUGGUCUUCCUGGCCCUCCUGGUCCUAGUGGUGGUGGUUAUGACUUUGGUUUUGAAGGAGACUUCUACAGGGCUGACCAGCCUCGUUCACCACCUUCUCUCAGACCUAAGGAUUAUGAAGUUGAUGCUACACUGAAAUCUCUCAACAAUCAAAUUGAGACUCUUCUUACUCCUGAAGGAUCUAGGAAGAACCCAGCUCGCACAUGCCGUGACUUGAGAUUGAGCCACCCAGACUGGAGCAGUGGAUACUACUGGAUUGAUCCUAACCAAGGUUGUACUAUGGAUGCUAUCAAAGUACACUGUGAUUUCUCUACUGGUGAAACUUGCAUCAAGGCUCAACCUGAAAGCAUCCCAGUCAAGAACUGGUACAAAAAUUCUAAGAUCCAAAAGCACAUCUGGUUUGGAGAAACCAUCAAUGGUGGGACUCAGUUUGAAUACAAUAUUGAAGGAGUUACUACUAAGGAAAUGGCUACCCAACUUGCCUUUAUGCGCCUACUGGCCAACCAUGCCUCUCAAAAUAUCACUUACCACUGCAAGAACAGCAUUGCAUAUAUGGAUGAUGAAACUGGCAACCUGAAAAAAGCUGUCAUUCUACAAGGCUCCAAUGAUGUUGAACUUGUUGCUGAGGGCAAUAGCAGGUUCACUUACAGUGUUCUUGAAGAUGGCUGCUCUAAAAAGACGAAUGAAUGGAGUAAGACCGUCAUUGAAUACAAAACGAAUAAGCCAUCUCGCCUGCCUAUCCUUGAUAUUGCACCUUUAGACAUCGGUGGUGCCGACCAAGAAUUCUAUUUGGACAUUGGCCCAGUCUGUUUCAAAUAAAUGAACUCAACCUAAAUUUUUUUAAAAAGAAAUCUGAUAAAACUUUCUCUCCUCGCCAUUUCUUUUUUCUUUUUUUAACUGAAAGCUGAAUCCUUCCAUUUCUUCUACACAUCUAUUUGCUUAAAUUGUGGAUCAAAGAGGAGAAGGAUUUGA